UUUGGCCCGAGACGUUUUGACACCUGGUGCCCGGGACGCCCCGGCAAGCGAGGACCCCCCCCCGCCAGCUCAGGCAGCGCCUGCCCGACCAGGCCAUGGCCGUGCGCUCCGGGGUCCUCACCCUGGCCGUCCUGUGCGCGGCCGCCGGCCUGGUGGCCAUGGCGGCGACCAGCUUCGUGCCCGCGCCGCUGGCGUCCGGGGCCCUGCGCGGGGCGGGCGCGAGCCCAGCGGCGGCGGCGCUGGGCGCAGCCGUGGCGGCGGUGCCUUCGGCCGCGCACGCCGCCAAAGGGCUGGACCCCCUCGACACCAUCCUGAGGCUGGGGGCGCUCGUGACCAUCCUCAUCGGGCCCAUCGUCGGCUUCGGGCUCAUCCCCGUGAUCUUCGGCAGGGACGUCUCGAAGAAGUAGCCGCCCAGUGAUCGGGACGCCCGGGGACGGCUCUCGCGCCGGGCCUCUCGCACGCGCACCCCCCCCCCACCCCCCAUUUCUCCUGCUGUCUUCCUCCUCCUCCUCCUUGUCCUCUUCCUCCUCCUCUGGCCGUGGGCCAGGCGUUAAAAAGAGGAAAUGUCCUCAGUGAUUCCGAUGUCGGGGCCGGUGCUGGCCUCUUUCUGCGUGGCGUCUUCGGCUUGGUCCACGGAUGCGUGCCCCUUCCUCCCGCGACUCUCGCGUGGCGGCGCGCGGUGCCUCCCCCAGUUUUCUGGCCUUCGCCCGGCGGCUUCUCGCUGCUUUUGACACGGGAGCCCUCGGACGAACAAAAGGAAGA